CAUGUUGAAAGUCUCAAGACUCCAUAUUUACGAGCGCCUCUCGGUUCUUGACUCUGCAGAGAUGACAGGAAGAAAUGGGCUUCAAUGGUUAUGUUAGGGUUGGGCUAAAAUUUGAAGAGAAAUAUGGGCUGUAUUAAGGAUCAGGCAUUUGGAAAAUUCUCCAAACCCCUGUGCGCUAAAACCCCGCGGGCUGCCCCAUCGCCGCCGGGGAGAGACAGAAUGGAGUUUCAAAAGAGGAAGGCCGCCGCACUCGCCGCUAUCAACUCACCGACGCCGGAUAAAUCCCCCAAAGGCACCGUAGACGCGCCAAUCAUCCCUCUCUUAGCCGCCAUCAACUCCCACCCCUCUUACUUCACAACUAGUUCUUGCUCCGGUCGUAUCUCGAUUCUGUCUCAGCCUAUUGCCUCUCCUUCCGGCCCCGCCCCCCGGAAAAAGGCUAGGGGUGGUUCCUGGCUUUUCGUAUCCCAUGACCCAGUUGAACCUGCUUCAAUUAUCAGACUCCUUUUCCCCCGUCACGCGGAGGCAGCCCACCAGGUGGAAUUAGACGACGUGGAUGGAGGGAGGGAGAGCGCUGUGUUCAGGUUUGAGCCAUUGAUAAUUGCGGUGGAGUGUGAGAACGUGGAGGCAGCUCAGUCGUUGGUUUCUCUGGCUAUUUCUAGUGGUUUCAGAGAGAGUGGCAUUACAAGUGUGAGCAAGAGGGUUAUUAUCGCCAUACGUUGCUCGAUUAGAUUGGAAGUGCCUUUGGGGGAUACACAGAAACUUAUGGUGUCUCCUGAAUAUAUAGAGUAUCUUGUUGAUGUUGCUAAUGAGAAAAUGGAGGCUAACAGGAAGAGAACCGAUCUCUUUUAUAAUAAACUGAUAGCUUGUGGACAUGGGUUCUGUGUGAACGGUGAAACAAGAAAUGGUGUGACUGAACCAUUUGCUGAGGCGACAAAGCUUGAGGAUUUGGGGAUUUCUGUGAAGACUGGAGAGGAAGUCACCCAAGAGGAGGUUGCGUUUGAGAGGAAAUCCGAUCAUAACACUGAUAAUGGAGCAAUGAAUGUGAAUGAUGCCGAUCUCUCUGUUUUUGAGGUCACUGGUGAACCUGUUGAGAGACUGUUCUUGUGGGGGCAUUCUGCAUGUGUGCUCGACAAAGAGAAGGUUGCCGUUUUUGGUGGUUUUGGAGGCUUUGGAAGACAUGCACGUAGAAAUGAUCUGCUGCUGAUUGAUACAGAAUCUGGAAUUGUAGAUGUAGUUUGUGUUGCAAGAGCUCCAUCUCCACGACUAGGUCAUACAUCUUCUGUCAUUGGAGAUUUUAUGUAUGUAAUUGGAGGUAGGGCAGGCCCAACAAAUAUUUUGAAUGAGGUAUGGGUAUUCAGUAAGGCAAAGAAGGAGUGGAAGCUUUUGCAAUGUUCUGGAAGUUUUUUCCCACCAAGGCAUCGGCAUGCUGCAGCUGUUGUUGACUCAAAGAUCUAUGUGUUCGGUGGAAUUCAUAAUGAUGAAACAUUAUCAUCUUUUUACGUCCUUGAUACAGACACUUUUGAGUGGACUGAGAUAGAAAUUCAAGGUGAUCAUCCCGGUUCCCACCAUUCCCAGUCAAUGUGUGCAAAUGGGCAUAUGUUAUAUAUGUUUGGUGGAUAUAAUGGAGAGAAAGCUCUUGGGGAUUUGCAUACUUUUGAUAUUCAAACGGGCUUAUGGAGUAAGCCAAAGACAAGUGGGCAAUCUCCAAAUGCUAGGUUUUCACACUUAAUGUUUCUCUAUUCAAGGUAUCUUGGCAUCAUUGGGGGAUGUCCAGUUUCUGAAAACAAGAAAUUAUUCUUACUUGAUCUUCAGACUCUUUCUUGGAAGAAUGUAACUGUCAAUUCAAUUGGAGAAAGCUUAUUUGUCCGUAGCACAGUGAGCGUGGUUGGUGAUAAUCUAAUAAUAAUUGGUGGUGGAGCUUCUUGUUAUGCGUUUGGGACGAAGUUCAGCAAACCAAUGAUGAUUAACGUGCUUCAACUAAUGUCCAUAUGUGAUGAUAAAGAAUCUAUACCUAUUGGAGAGAACCAUCUGCAUUCUUCCAUUGAGCAGAAAAAUGGCACCCCUUUACAUUCUCCGACUAGAAAUGCACACACCGGUAAGGUUGACUUUGAUACUCAGAUUGAAGAGCAUAGGGGAGAAAUAGGAGGCUUGGCUGUGGCUGUCCCUUGUGUUCUUCAGCUAGAAAAACAGUACGCAAAACUGGGUAAAGACUUGCUGAAAAAAUUUGGUUGGUUAGAUCAGGAGAGGAAAGUUUAUUCACAGGCGGAUGGAAUGCACAUCUGCCUUCCUAUUACUGAAAAAUUCUGCAGCAUAUUUGGUGAUAAAAAGGACUUGGGGCAUGAAGCACUAACUGUCUGUCAGUCUAUUAAACCUAGUCAGUGGCAGAUUCUCUUAAGAGAUAUAUCCAGCUCAGAAGCUCUUAAACUUAUUUUAGCAUGCCGUGCUACUAAGAUUGUGGAUGAAGUUGUUAAACUCAAGAAAACUCCAAGUUCUCCUUACAAAAUAAUGAAGGAUGCUGUAGCUACUUUGUUGAAUCGGCAUGGGUUGCCAUUAGAACUUCUGGAACAACUGCCCUCAAGAUGGGAACAGCUAGGUGACAUCACUGUGCUACCUGUAACAUCUUUCGAGGAUGAACGCUGGAGCUCCAUCAGUGAGGAACUUUGGCCUCUUAUAACCCAAUCACUUGGGGCUCGUCGCCUCGCCCGGCAGGGACGAGUUGCGCAAACUGGAACAAGGGACAGCAAGUUAGAGAUUCUUGUUGGAGAGAAUGGCUGGGUUGGUCACCGUGAAAAUGGCAUUCUUUACUCUUUUGAUGCCACCAAAUGCAUGUUCUCUUGGGGAAAUCUGUCUGAGAAGCUGCGGAUUGCCAAUCUUGAUUGCAGAGAUGAAGUUAUUGUAGACUUGUUUGCUGGCAUAGGAUAUUUUGUACUUCCAUUUCUUGUUAGGGCCAAUGCCAAAAAGGUUUAUGCUUGUGAGUGGAAUCCACAUGCCAUUGAGGCUCUCCAUCACAAUCUUCAAACUAAUUCUGUGGCUGAUCGUUGUCUUGUACUGGAAGGAGAUAAUAGAGUCACUGCUCCUAAAGGAGUUGCUGAUCGAGUCUGUCUUGGUUUGCUGCCAUCAAGUGAGUGUAGUUGGGUCACUGCCGUGAGAGUCUUAAGGGAUGAAGGUGGGAUGCUACACAUCCAUGGGAAUGUCAAAGACAGAGAGGAGGUUUCAUGGGCCACCCAUGUUGUCCAGUCCAUUUCUAGCAUUGCCAAGUCCGAAGGCCGGAACUGGAAGGUUUCAGUGGAGCAUGUGGAGAGAGUAAAAUGGUAUGCUCCCCAUAUACGGCACCUUGUGGCUGAUGUGAAGUGCUGCACAUUAGUUUCAUCAGGCCAACCUCAGUCAUAAAGGGCCAAGUUGAGGCUUAAAAAAAUAAUCAGCAGUAGUGUAAGGGAAAAGCAUCUGCAUUAUGCAUAGAAAUCAAUAAUUAACAUAUACUCCAUAUGAGAGUGAGGCAAGAAAAGUCCACUUCAUCUUCUUAUUUAAAGUGAGAAGGCUAAGAGAGGUGGCAGUGAGGUCAGUGACCUUGAUUCAGUGAAAAAAGAAAA